AUGAAGGCUAAAGAGAUGAAGAAAGAGAGCAACUUAGCAAGGUUAGUUAAAUCUCCGGUUCGUUUCUUAGUCAUGGCACGUGACGCCUACAUACGUAGCAUGACGUCUUGCUCCGCCGGUUUCAUCCGUGGUGCUGGUGGCUCCGGCGGUUUCGGUUUAUCGGCCUGUAAUUUCCAAAUCUGCGAAACACCAAGCACCGCUCUCCCUCGUAGUUUCACCCUAGAUUCGUCCACGACGACGAGGGUGACACGUGAACGCUGCCGGUUUGUCUCAGACUACUCACGUGGCGGUGGCGGCGGAGAAAUCACGGCGGCGAUGAGACCGUUGGAUCUUAGGAGAAAUUAUAGUUGUGUGGUGAUGGGAAGGAUCGAUGAAGAGAAGGCUUGUGAUAAGUUUGAAGAAGAGGAUUUGUUAUUUAAACAAUUCAAGAAAAGGAAAAUCGGUGGAGUUUAUACUAUUCGUCAACACUAA